AUGAUAAAUUCGAAAAAAGAUGCUAAUAACAGUACUAUUGUUGCCAUUGAACGUAGUAAUGGAUUAGCUGUAAAAUAUCGAAUCGAUCCAAAUAUUGUCGAUAAAUUGACAUUCGAAUACACUUUUGAUGCAGAAGAUUUCAAUAACAUCAUAUUACCAGAUCAAACAAUAAAUCAAGAAUCAAUUUAUUGGAUUAUCUUAGAUUGUGAAACUGAUACAAUUCUAAAACGAAUACAAUCACGACCUACAAGAGAUAUUUGA